CCGCUUCCGUAGUGUGACGCUGUCAACGCCGUCCGCUAGUCAAUGUACGCGCAGCGGGCAUCAUGUCAAAUUAUGGUCAAAACCAGGAUUAUUAUUAUGACUGGAAUAACCCACCGCCAGUUCAGCAAGGCUACGUUUACGACACAAGUUCUCAACAUGACUUCGGAGCUCAGCAGCAGUUUGCGACCUUCGAUUACACAGCACCCGGCGGGGGAGUGAACGCAGGCUACGGCGACCCAUCGAGCUACGUGGGAUCAGGGUCGCCAUACACCGGUAGCAUCUUGACGCCAGAUUCCAGCUUGGGCCCCUACGGAACGGAUGACGACUUCGAGAAUGAACCGCCUUUGCUAGAAGAGCUGGGCAUUAACUUCGACCACAUACUGCAGAAGACGGUAGCAGUGCUGAACCCUAUGAAGGACCCAGACGCGGCCAUACUGCAAGAGUCUGAUCUGGCAGGACCUUUAGUCUUUUGUCUGGCGUUUGGAGGAUUCCUGCUACUCACGGGCAAGGUGCACUUCGGCUACAUCUAUGGAAUAGGUGUGCUCGGAUGCUUGGCCAUGUACUCGCUGCUGAACUUGAUGAGUGCAUCCGGCAUUUCGGUCGGCUGCACUGUCAGUGUGCUUGGCUACUGCUUGCUCCCCAUGGUUCUACUGUCGGGCUUGUCUAUCCUGUUCUCGCUGAAAGGCAGCCUGGGUACCGCCGUCGCGCUCGCAGUCGUCGUUUGGUGCGCGCUGUCUGCGUCCAAGCUGUUCGUUACAGCGCUGAGCAUGGUGCAUCAGCAACCGCUCGUCCUCUACCCCUGCGCCCUUGUGUACGGAGUAUUUGCGCUGCUCACCAUAUUCUAGCACCUCUCACCCAGUCUCGUGCGUGCCUGAGUGAAUAAAACGCCUGCGCGCUUCCAUCACGGGCCUUAACCUGGCUUUUACCAACUGUCAGAGAAGUUUGUUGCGCUGAAUGGCAUUUGUUUUGAAUAUCAUCGCACAUAACAUGUUCCGCCACGUUCACCGUGUCCGAUGUUUGUCUUAGCGUUGCUUGGAAUAAUAUUCCAAGGAACUGUGGCGAUGAGGGGCUGUUUUGUGUGUAGAUAUCUACCAACAAUAGAGCAUCGAAAGCGAAGCUGCAAGGUUAAGCCCGGGAUGUGCGUCGAGCGCAGUCACUGUUGAGCAUGUACCAUUUUCUUCUGGCAUGUCUAAUGGAUUUUCAUUUGACCUUUGCUCUGGCCAUUGCAAAAAGUUACGAAAGUUUUCUGUAUGCUCCAGAGCUGUAGCUAAAGAUAGCGUUACAGUAUGUGCUACCUGUGGUAGCAUAUAGUGUAACUCUGUCUAGAGAUGGGCAGCCGCACCCCACAGCAACUCUUACCUUCACAGUGGCCUUGAACCUUUUAGCAAAGUCGCCUAUCCAAUGUGAGCAUACCUUCUUGCCUAGUCUUAACAGUUGACUGCUGGAGACUGUUACAGAGGAAACGUUUUGCAUGAAACUGUUUGCAACAGUUGUGAUUUUCUUAGGCCUGGUACUAUUUCGUUAAAAUCUUGGGGAAGCAACAUUAUGUGGUUUGUUCAUGCAUUUGAUGAGUGUGCACUUGCAGAAGGAACUAUGAUUGCCAUUACUGGCCAUGCUUACUAUGUGUUGCAAGAAAGUACAGUCUUGUAAUCCCUCGCAUAGCUUGUGUUAAAUUUGAGCAAGGAAGACCUACUGUCUAAAGCGCAAUGAUUUUUGUGAACAUAAAUAUCCAGCUGCGCGUCGCCCAUUCACUUAAUCCUCUUGUUACUGAGGGCAAUGUGGGGUCAUCAAUGCUGUACUGCUCCCUUCAGAAAAGAGCCAAACUUGUCAACAUGCCCAUGAUAUUAGUCCACAUCUUUACCAAGGAAUAUCAAACCACUGACUAUCACUCAUUUUCUCUCCCAUGUUCUAAAAAAGCUCUGUUUCCUUUUGUUAUAGAUUCAGUAAAACCAACUUUUGCCGUGAUUAAAUGUUUCUUUGAAUGUUAUGAAAUGCACUGUUUCUGUGGGUUAUACUUUCAUUAAAUUUCAUCAGACAGAUGAAAAA